UAUCAAUAACAUUUUUUUCAAAAAAAUCUUCUCUCAGAAGAUACAUCACUUUUUCUUUCAAACUAGCUACCCCUUUCUGCUUAUUGUCUCAUAAACCCUGUUUUUCACUUCAUUGCUCUGUUUCACUUCACUACCCACCAAUCAACUCCUCUUCCUACAUCCAUCAGAGGGUCCUUUGAGGCAAGGGCAUUAAAUGGAGAGGGACCCUAACACUGUAGUCAUGGGCAAGGAGAAAAAGAUUUCAAAUUCCCCAUUGCUUUCUUCCUCCACAAAAGGGCCAAGGGACAAGAGCAUCAUCACCAACAACAACAUCAUGCCCUCUUGGCUAGUCACCAGCAUUUCUGACCUGGAAGAGAGGAUGAAAAUGUUGGCAAUGAACACAAUGGAAGAUGAAGAGAUGGGUGAUACUUUUGCAGAAAGAGCAGAAACUUACUACCAAAAGCGACCACAGCUUCUGUCACUUCUGCAGGACCUGUACAAUGGCUAUAUCACUUUGUCUGAUAGAUACAUACAAACAUUGGCCAAACACAAGCAUUUCAGGCAUAGCAGACACUCUUCUCAAGUUGAGGGGGGCUUCUCUGACCAAGAAGAAGUUAGUGGUGUGAGCCAGGUUGAUUCAGAUAUUGAGAGCUCAAUCUCUUAUCAGCAAAUGCCUGUGAUGAUUCUCCCUGGGAGCUCUAUGCUUGAUGUUGAUGCUUUUGUUGCUGAGCUUGUGAUUAAGAAUGUGGAGCAUGAUAUCUUGAUGCAUGAGGUCAGUGUGAUGGAGAGGAAGUACUGUGAGUCAUCAAGGAAGAAUGAGCUGCAGAAGAGCUUGCUUGAGGUGUUGGAGUCCGAGAGGGUUGUUCUUCUUAAUGAGAAUGCUGGAUUGAGCUACAGGGUCAACACUCUGGUGGAAGAGAACAAGGAUCUGGCAUCAGAGUCGGUGUUUAUUAAGAGGAAGGCCGGGGAGCUGGCAAAGUGUGUGCUGAAGAUGAGGGAGGAUCACAGGGUGUACUUGCUCCACAAGAAGAUUGAGGAUCUUCAAGCACAGAUACAUGGGUUGGAGAAGAGGAACAAGGAGUACUAUGAGAAGCUUCUGAGAAGAGAUGAUGACAGCUGCAGCAUGGGAAGCAGCAGCAAGGGGAAGAACAACAACGAAGGGAUCGCGUUGGAGGUUCGUGUUCAGCUCAAUAAGCUUCGAAGGUUCAAGUGGAAAGAUGGCAAUGGUAGCGGCACUCCUGGGAAGAAAUUUGAGGGAGUGAAGAAAGGCCCAAGUUUGUGGAAGAAGCUGAAGAACAUGGACUUGUUAUUGUGUGGGACAAAUCCCACUUGUGCUUGAUGAUGGCUGGUGGCGUCCACCAAAGUUUUAUUAGAUUUUAUAUGUAUACUUUUUGGCUCUUUAAAGAGAGUAGUAGACUAGUAGUAGUGCAUGUUUGGAAAGUCUUCUAUAAUUGAUUUUGGACUCACAAUCAAUUCUGGGAUGAAACUUCACUUUUGAGUUUCAGAAUUGAUUCUGAGCAGAAUAGAAGCUUGUCCUAACAUGCUCGUGGUAGGUUUCUAGGUGUACAUUCCAAUAUGAGGUCUUUGGACAUAGAUUGCUCUGGCUAAUCCUUGAUAAACUAAUUUAGGUUAGUUAACAUCAUAUUGUGAAAGCUAGAGUGGGUUAAUACUUUAGCCUCAACUAUGUUAGCUGAACAUUUCUGCUUUUGUUCUGUUAAAAAACUUGCUUAACAGAAGCAUGAGAUCCA